AUGGGCUCCAGAGCGGCGCCCGGCAAGGACCCAUACUGCGCUGUGGAGCAAGUGGUGAAGUAUGGAGAAAGCUACUACAUCCACUUGAACCAAGUUGAUGGCCCCAUCACUCUGGAGUUCAGGCCCAGUCUGGUUCAGGCCAAUCAAACAGAGAUGCAGCAAACUACAGAGCCUCCGCCCAGGGUGCUGUACAAUCAGACGGGGUUGACGGCGGAAGAAUACGUGGGACGCCUCAGUGUGUCGGAGAAACGGGUGACGUUGCACUCGGUCAGGAUGACGGAUGAGGGGAGCUUCACAGUGCUGGACCGUGAGGGUAAAGUCAGGAGGAGGAACUGCCUGAAUGUCAGAGAACACCAGAACUUCAUGCACCUCUCCUAUGGAGGAAACCUGAAGAUGAAACUCUACCUGCACCAGUCCAACCUCAACAUCGUCUACAGGCCCAAAUCAGACAAUCAGGACCGGGUCAUCCUGGACCAGGGGGUUCUGGUGACGCCGCUAGACCCUCAGCUGGAGGGCAGGCUGACCGUGGAGGGGUCGGAGCUCAUCAUGAAGAAGGUCCGCGUGGCCGACACGGGUGUCUUCAAGUUGACAGACCUGGCUGGGUUUCCUGUGGCUCAUGUCUACAUAGAGGUGGAGGCCUAUAAACUGCCUCCCCUGACAGUGGCUGUCCUCUCCAUGCUGGGCCUGAUCGCCUUCAUGCUGCUGGUGUGUUUGCUGUCCUGCAUCUAUAAGGUGCACAAGAGGAACGAAAAGAACAAGAAGCUGAUGCUCAUUGCUCAGCAGGCUGGGAAGGGAGAUGGCGAGGCUUUCAGACAGGUGGUCCAUGAGGCGUACACCAGGUUCACUGAGGAGUCUCUGACGCAGUCUGUGUGUGAUAAACCCUCGGAGAGCACAGAGGUCACCAUCAAGGGCCUUGAGGUUUCCAAACCCGGCCGCUACCAGGCUCUUACGUCAGACAACUUUCUGGAGAUGAGCGACUCUGGAGUGGAGUUCACCACCUCUGGUCUCCCUCUAGACAGCGACACUGAAGCUGUGAUGACCUACGCCUCCCACAAACCCCUCCUGAACGCCGUGUCCCCUACAGCCGUGACCGAGGCAGCCAACUCAGACAGCCUGGAGGCCACCGUCGUCCCUGAUCUCAGCGCCAGUCGGACCCCUGACUCCGCCAUGAGCGCCAGCCCCGCCUCCAAUCCUCGCUCACUUGCAGCUACGACCCCCGAUGGCAGCCUGCAUGGCGCCGCGUCGCCGGGAACGGCCUCCAGGGGCACCGUUGGGUCGGAUCCAGCCCAGAUGGAGGGAGGGGCUGAGAAUGGAGAAGCUGAGCAGAAAGAGGAAUCAGCACAGAGCACCUGAGAGGAAACACCAGGAUAGAUUUUUUUUAGCUCAUCUCUUCUCUUCUUCAUCUUUCUGAACCUUAUCUUAUCAAACACCACCCAGUCCUCCAUCACUGCGUUUGAAACAACACCUGAGACAAAAUAUUCACGCUUGGAUUCGGAUACCAGUGUAGCCCAGGAGAAAAUAAUAAAAAAGGCAGUUGCACAUAAUGCACAAAGCAAAAUUGAUUGCACUAUGCACUGAAAAAUGAGAUGCAAAAAGUAAACCUAAACUCUUAUCAAAACAAGAACAAUGCAAUUUUGCAUCCAUAGGGAAAAUGCAUGCAUUUAAAUUAAACAUUAAAGUAGAUAUAAUAGUUCAGGUCUACAGGACAACGCUCACGUUAGAGUAGACUGCCUGCAUGCGAGCUUCAACGGGCUAAAGAAGCACAGGCUCAAAACAAAGUUAUGAUGAUGUGACAAGGGUGAAACACUCUUAGCACUAAACACCUAAAUGGGAUGAAAUAAUUUUUAGCUCCUGUAGAAAGGUCAUCAAACAAUUACAGCAGUUUGACAGUUCGACAGGUGGAGCCAGUUCACUGCGAGGAAUCAGACCGAGGCCACUAACAACAGCAGCAAAGAGCGAAUCUCAACGUGUUGCCUCUGACAGCACUUUGGUCUGCUCUCACAGCAUCAGACAAACACCGCCGUGAUUGCAUCUCAUCCCACCCGCACACAGACUCUAUUAUUAAGCAUGUCAGAAAGUGUCUCCUACACUCAGACACAAGUGCUUGUCUCAGCACUCGCUCAUGAGAAACACCUCCUUCUGAAAAACCUGCAAACUCAAAACAAGCUCAACUGGAUUGCAUAUCACCACUCCUGUGCUGUGUGAGUGCUGCUGGUUAUUUUCCUUUCUAUUAGAAAUCGUGGGUCAAAUCUGCCACAUUUUAAGACAUAAUCUAAAAAUAAAAACACAUCUCUCUCAGAAAACACCUACGAGAAACACAGCAAACUGUAGAAACGACCUCAUCUGUUUUUUUUUUGUCCCUGUCAGAGCAAAACAAGAUUGGAUAGAAGACUGUGCAACACUUUUAGGACUUCUGGAACAGCCCUCUAGAACAUAAUUGGAUUCUUGGUCUCUUUGCAGAUGGACUGAUUCACUGACACCGCAGAGAGUGAGGAGCAGUGAUGAAAGACGACGACAGAGAUGGAUAAGGGUACCAUUCGGGGGGGAACAGAUAAAUGACUUGCAUGAUUUAAAGCCUCCUAUUUUCAUCUUCUAACCCCCCCCUCCCCAUCCAUCUCACGGAGCUCUGAUUAUUGUGGCCCCGUUGUUUUGCCAAAAUGAAGUGAGACGCAGUUGGAUCAAUCUGCGAUAACAACACAGCCUCAGCCUGCAGCCCCUGAACGCAACGAAUAAGUGAUAAUGAGAGGUGUACGAGUGUGUGUUUCGUAACAAAGCAACCAACUAUGUUAGACAUUCAGUGCAACUGCAUGGAGACAUCAGUCCACUCAGCCCAUGAAAAAUAGAAAAUGAAAAAGAGGGGGACACAAACCCCGAAUUCAAGGUUAAAAUAAUAUAAAUAACUCACCUCACGUUUACUGCUGGUGCUCUAUGAAUCCAAACCCACCGUACAAUUAAGUGACACUGAGGCUACUACUGACUGUAGCAGUAACAGUAUGUAGUGUGUGUGUAGCACAGGACGGACAUGUGUUUACAACCACUUCAGUUUAAAUGUAUUCAGCUGCUCUGUGACCAGGUUACACUUCUUAUUGAUUUAAGGGCAUUUAAAUCCCAAUAACUAAUAGUUCAUACUAAAUAUUUUUUUACUGCAGAGCUGUAAAGCAGCGGUUCCCCAGGCUAAAUAAUAUGUUCUCAGAGCACUUUUUAUUUUAAUGAUAACGAUUUAACAUUCAGGAUUGAACUAAUGAACUGAAAGCUUUAUUUAUUUAUUUGACAGGGGAGAGACCUUGUUGCUAACCAGCGGUACAUUUUGAUACUGGAUAUAAUCUUUUAGUUAGCAAACAAGUACAUGAUGUGGUCCGGCAACAAACGUAAAAGUUCCUGUUACUGGCUUAUCACACUGAUAGGCCUUAGUAUGAGAAAACAAAGAAAGGA